GCUCAGGUUUUUGGUAGCAAGCCGGCCAACUUUUUGCGCACGGACGGCAGCGAUUGUGUUAGCUUUGCGGACUUCGCGACGGGCAUGCCAAACUGCACGCUCGCAUCUGCAUAUCGGGGCCACGCCACCACGAGAACGGUACAACAGGCAGAGAGGAGGCAAUUGCGGCUCCAACACAAAUCAUGAACGCCUUCCGGUGCUUGAGGGUCGUCGCGCGCCCUGCAACCAGCGCAUCUACACUCCUCAGACCACGCAUAGCACCAACAUACCAAACAUCUACACCCUCAUCAACCCGCCAAAUAUCUCUCCUCACACCCCGGCGUCCCAUACUGCCCCGCACAAACACCCUGCCAGCAGCCGGCAGCACAUCUUUCGUACCCUCAUCUUCCGAGACACUAGACCUCGCCUCGAAAAUCUCCUCACAUCCUGGUCUGGGCAGCACACAGAUCCGAUGCGGUCCGCGCGAUACAUACAACCCAAGUCAUCUGGUGCGGAAGAGGAGACAUGGAUUCCUGAGCAGGAUUAGGACGAAGAAGGGGAGGAAGAUGAUCAUGAGGAGGUUGAAGAAGGGAAGGUGGAAUAUCAGUCAUUAAAGAACUGUCCAUAGAGAGGGGUGGCGGGUUUGACUGCUGGAUGAUUCCCCAGGUGCCCUUCAUAUGCGAGCAGCAAGAGCGCUAUGUGUAUAUUGAAUGUACUGUGUGUAUGCGUACUCUGCAUCUAUAGGCAUGUACUAUAUGAGACGAGAGAAAUCAAUAGUCCUCACCGUCGCA